AUGACAAGUUCUGAUAGUAGUGUAAAUACUACAUCGAGUAGUUUCGGAAAUAUUUCAAUAUCAUCACCAAAUCAUAGUAGUUCAACACCACCUUUAAAUAAUGGAAAUGGUAAUAAUGUUAGUGCAUCAGAAACUGAAUUAAAGAAACAUGUUUUAUACUCUUUACAAUGUUUAGAUGAAAAAACUUUAACUUUAAAAGUGAAAUUGGAUCAUUUAAAUAAACUAGUAGAAUUAAAGAAAUCAAUACCAGAUUUAAAUAAAUUAGGAAUAUCACCAACACAAUUAUAUAAAAGUGUAAGACCAUUUAUAGCAUUACCACCAAAAACAAUUAGAACAGCAGGAUUAAGAGUAAUGAGAUAUUAUUUAAGUAAUUCAAAUAAUGUUAAAGAAUUAUUAGAUUUAAAAGUACAAUAUUUUAUAACACGUUCAUUGGAACGUGAUAAACAUUCAGAACCUGAAAGAAUUCAAGCAUUAAAAAUCAUACGUACAAUUAUGGAAAUUGAUUGUUCAUUAAUGCCACAUUGCUUUGUGAAAGGUUUAGUAUCAAUUGCAGAGAAUCAAGAGGAUAAUUUCUGUAGAGUUUGUCUUGAAUGUCUAACAGAGAUCUCAAUUCGUAAUCCACAAAUUUCAUCACAUUGUGGUGGUAUUCGUACUGUUUUCGAUGCGGUUUUGGAUCCAUUCUAUCAAGGUAUUCAAGAAUCCCUUUUAAUUUGUAUAUUAUAUUUAUUAAGUGAUAAAGAUACUAGAAUUUAUAUUAGACCAAAAUCUGAUUUAGAAAUUAUAUUAGCACCAUUAACAAAUUCAUUUAAUAUUGGUGUUAAAUUAAAAGGUGCAAGUAAAGAAAAAGAAAAAGAAAAAGAAAAAGAAGAUGAAGUUGCAAUGAAAAAAUGGACAGCAAGUUCAAAAGCUGUUUUAACAUUAAUUAAAAGUUGGAUUGGUAUUAUAUCUUUAAAUUCUGAUGAUCAAGGUUUAAAAUCUGUAGUUGAUACAUUAAGAAUGCCACAAAUUGAAUUACAAGAAAAAGCUUUAGAUUCAAUUUUUGAAAUUUUUAGAGUACAAUUACCAAAAAGUAUUCAAGAAACAUUUGGACCACAAAAAGCAACACAAACAUUUAAUUUUGGAUCAGAGACAUUACAAGAUUUACCAAGUAGAACUAGAUCAUUAAGACAUAAUCUAUUGAAUAAUUAUUUAUCGGUAUUGUUGAUAGCAUUUAUUGAUAAUGGACUAAUUGAGGGAUUGGUUUAUUUGGGUAAUUAUGUUGCCAAUAGGGAUGGUAUGAGUGAGCAAGAGAAAGAAUGUUCAAAGAAUAUCUCAUUAAAGAGUACAGUAUUAUUGGCGGAACUAUUACAUAUGUCAAAUGCAUUAUUACCACCAUCACAAUGUGCAAAAUUACAAACACUACCAUCAUUGGUGAAUUCUGCAAUUUCGUUUAGAUUAGACCCAAGAUUAAGAUCAUCUUCAAAUACCAUGGUAACCAAUUUACAUAGUUAUUCACAUAACAAAUCAAGUACAACCCUAAUGGAUAGCACAUUGGCAAUUGGAUUAACUGGUGCCAAUAAAUGGCGUCGUAUUAAAGGUCAAGAUCGUAGAUUGGAUAAGGUUGAUGAUGUGAAAAUGAAGAUGGAGUGGCAUAUGGACGAUAACCAAUUUCAACAGAAAAUCAAGGACACUCAAGUACUCGUCACUAAAGAUUACCAAAAAUGGUCAUGGGAAUUAAUGUUUGAAUUGUUGGAAGGACCUUUGAACAAUCCUCAACAUUUAUCAAAUACAUUGAAAACCAAAUUCAUUAAAAGAAUCUUAUCAUUUCUACGUCCAAAUAAGAAACUAUUCUCAACAAUGGCUUGGACAACUGAAAAUUUAAAAUAUGUUCGUACUGCUUGUGUAGCAUUGGAAGUUUUAAUCUCUCAUGAAAUUGGUUUCGAUUUUCUUAAAGAUAAUAAAACUAUAAUUCAAAUCGCCGAUAUGUUAAAAGUGGAAUUAGAUUAUAAUAUUAAACCACCACCAUCAUCAUCCUCAUCAUCAGAAAAUAAAAAAGAUAAUGUACGUUUAUUGAAUCCAGAAAAAGUUUUAAAAACAAUGUCUCGUGAAUACUUUACAAUGUUGGGUACAUUGAGUAGUAAUUUAUUAGGUUUGGAAAUAUUAGCACGUAAUAACAUUUUCGAUUAUAUUAAACCAUUGGCUGAAUUGCCUGGUAGGGAUGAUCUUUCUCAUUUAAUUAUGACAAGCUUGGAUUACAAUGUUAAUGGUGCCUCCAGAACGAUUCUUCAAAAGAUUUUAACUUCAAGUUCAAGAGUAGUACGUUAUUUGGCAACCAAGUAUUUAAGAUUCCUUUUAAGAUCUGGUGUACAAGAUUUCUCAAAUUGGGGUGUAGAGUUAUUAGUUCAACAAUUGAAUGAUGUGGAUGCAAAAGUUAGUGCACUAUCAUUGAAUGUAUUGGAUGAGGCAUGUGAUGAUCCAUCAUGUUUGGAAGUUUUAAUAGAUUUGAAACCAAAUCUAUUGAAAUUGGGUAAACCUGGUAAAUCAUUGUUAUUACGUUUCUUAUCCUCUCCAAAAGGUUUAGAGAAUCUAUUACAAAAUAAUGGUUUCGUUGAACAAGAAGAACAACUAUGGAUUACAAGUGAAAAUGCAACCUAUGUAAAUGCAAUAGAAUCGGCAGUCUCUGAAUCAUUAUCACCAAGUGUUUGGAGAUUUAAAGAAGCACCUGAUGGUAGUAGUACUAGUGGUGUCUAUUUACCACCACAUUUCUUUGGUGAAUUAGCAAAAACUGAAAAAGGUUGUCAAUUAAUUAGAAAAUCAAAUAACUAUCAAAGAUUUUUAAAAAUCAUUCAAGAUCCAACCGCUAAACAAUUGGAUAAAAGAGCAUCGUUAAUCGCAAUUGGUCAUAUUGGUUCUUCUGUCGAUGGUUAUUCAUUCGUUAAAGAAAGUGAUACAAUCAAACUAUUGAUUGGAAUAGCAGAGAAAUCUCAAUGUUUGGCAUUACGUAGUACUUGUUUCUAUGCUUUGGGUAUGAUUUCAUGUAUUGAAGAAGCUCAACCAAUCUUUAAUUCCUUUGGUUGGGAAUCACCAUCAGAUUUAAACUCUAGAAUCUUGUUACCAAAGGAUUUAAAGAAUUCAACUUUCCUAAGUGUACCACAAUAUCAAUAUCAAGGUAGUUGGGCUGAUCAUUCAUUUGAAACUUUACCAUCAAAUCAUUUCUCUGAUCCAAUUAAAAAUGAAAUCAUUUCUUUUGUUGGUAAUUUAUCUUCACAUAUCACUGCUGAAGGUGCUUCAAAGAAUUUAAAACGUUUAAAAAUCAAAUAUCCUGAUCAUUUUGCAACAAGUGAAAUUUUAAAUGCAGUUUUCAUUUUAUUAAAUACUUUUAAAUAUCGUUUAGGUGCUAGAAGAUUCAUUUAUGAUUUAUUUGAUGUUGCAAUAUUUUCAUCUGAUCCAUAUCAUGAUUUAAAUUAA